AACGUGUAUGUCUGUCAAUAUUACAUGUACCUUGGUUGGAAUUUAUCAGUAGAUUUGUGUUAUCGUGCAAAUUCUACAACAAAGUAUAAAAAAGGGAUCAAAGUGUCACAUUAUCCUUAACAGUCGAUACACAGCUGACCUGGGUGUGAGGAAACAGAUACACAAUGUUCACAAUGGGGUGAAAUUUGUGACUGGGUGAAAAAAAGCUUGACAUCCAUGUGUUAAACCUCUCUGUUCCGUUCCGUUUCAUUCUCUAAUUAUGAAUAGUGUUGUUUUGGAAGUGUUGCCACUGGGUCGGUUGAUUGCUCUUUAGCAAUACAACACGCCAUUUGAUUAUUUCCGGCUGCAUUUGUGAUUUUGAAUGGCUGUGAAUGCUUAAGAUGUGAUGGUAGUAUUUUAUAUUUUAUUCCAGAGAUGACAAUGAAUGGAUAUGUGGGGUUUUAUUCCAUAUCGGACUUUUAGGAACUGUCGGAAAAAGUCGUGCUACCAGGGGCUGCUCAUCGUGUCCUUACUUCUAACUUUAAGCAUUCUUAGUUUUAAUACUCACCUCUUGACUCAGGACCUUUGGAGUUCAUCCAGAUACUCAGGAGAAAAUUUGUAUCCUAAACUUUCGGAUUUUGGACACCAUAACAGAAACUUACAAAAUAUCUUGCCAUUCGAGAGUACGCGAUCACAUCACCAGGGAAAACAUGACCAGCGGACGAGAAAAUCCCCUAACAAAGCAGACAAACUGGCAACUAAUUGGAACAUGACUUUGACAUCUAAAUUGAGUCAAGCGAAAGUCCCGUCAGAGAGGGGCGAAGACACUUUAGGUGAAAAGGAACGGGGAAGAAAGCGGCGGCUUCCACAAGCUAUAAUCAUAGGGGUGAAAAAGGGCGGGACACGGGCCUUGUUAGAAUUUCUCCGCGUCCAUCCAGACGUCUUGGCUACGGGUCCUGAGCCGCACUUUUUUGAUAAACAUUACCACAGAGGCUUGGAAUGGUACAGAGACCUGAUGCCAGAGACCUUACCACACCAAAUGACGAUUGAAAAAACCCCAAGCUACUUCAUCACAAAAGAAGUUCCUUCAAGAGUGUACAAAAUGUCGAACUCUACCAAACUGAUAUUAGUUGUAAGAAAUCCCGUUACUCGUGCUAUUUCAGACUAUACACAGAUUCUCAGCAAACAUGGAAAAAUUAAGUCGUUUCAGAGCUCUGCCUUUUUGCACAAUGACACCAAUAAAAUUAAUUCGUCAUGGAUGGUGAUCAGAAUUGGUUUAUAUGUUAAACAUUUAGAAAACUGGUUAUCCGUAUUCCCAAGAAAGCAGAUUCAUUUUGUGCAUGGUGAAAAUUUAGUGACAAAUCCCGGGGAGGAAAUGAGAAAAGUGCAGGAGUUUCUCGGACUGCAGCCCCUGAUAACGGAGGAACAUUUCUUCAUGAAUAAAACCCGAGGGUUUCCGUGUAUCAGGAAAACACUUAACAGCAAACGGGGGCACUGUCUAGACGAGAGCAAGGGUCGUAAACAUCCCACCUUACCGGCUAAAGUGAUUUCCUCCCUGAGACGGUUUUAUCGCCCCUUUAAUGCCAAAUUUUACCAAAUGACAAACAUAAACUUUCACUGGACGUAACUCUCCCACACGCCACAGACAAUCGGAAGUGCUUCUUCUCCGUUUUCAAAGACGGCCGUGCGUUAUUAAUUUUUCUGUAUCAGAAAGGUGUAGGUUAUUUCGUUUCGUUGUGUAUUUUGUUUUGUACAUCCAAUUUACUUGCUUGCAAAAUGAACCGGACAACAUAUUUUGUAUGAUUAAAAUUCAACAAUAGCUAAAA